ACCAACAUGGAGCUGAAGAGUAGCAGGCCAAAGUACCGUCCAAGCAUUGGAUACUUCCUCCAUGAAAAUAAAAUGUUUUUUUUUAAAAAAUAGCUUAUAAGGGUCUAUAAAUUAUGAGCACUGAGCAGUUGGAUUUUGUUCAGUGGCGCUCUGGCCAACAAAGAUACAUUUUUUAACACACACACAUCCACACACCCCUCUCCCUUUCUGAGUUCCUGCUUGCUUGGGCUGAGGAAGAAGCAGGAGGAGAGUUGUGAAUUCUGAGAGUUGAGUUUUGAGAGAGAGAGAGAGGAGGUGAGAGAGAUGUUUGCAACGGAGAAUGGGUUGCAGGGAGACCCAAGAUUGAAAGCCAUUUCAGAGGCAAUUAGAGUGGUGCCUCACUUCCCAAAACCAGGAAUCAUGUUUCAGGACAUAACAACGCUGUUAUUGGAUCACAAGGUGUUCAAGGAUACUGUUGACAUCUUUGUUGAUCGUUACAGAGACAUGGGCAUCUCUGUUGUUGCUGGGGUUGAAGCUAGAGGAUUUAUGUUUGGCCCUGCAAUUGCCUUGGCUAUUGGUGCAAAAUUUGUUCCUCUGCGUAAACCUAGAAAGUUGCCAGGAGAAGUUAUAUCUGAAGCAUACAUACUUGAAUAUGGGACCGAUUGCCUAGAGUUGCAUGUCGGGGCUGUUCAACCAGGGGAACGUGCAAUGGUCAUUGAUGAUCUGGUGGCUACAGGUGGGACCCUUUCUGCUGCAAUAAGACUUUUAGAACGUGUUGGGGCUGAAGUAGUUGAAUGCGCAUGCGUUAUUGGGUUACCAGAGUUCAAGGGACAAUGCACACUAAAUGGGAAGCCAUUGUAUGUCCUCGUGGAACCUCGUCAGUAAACAAUUAUUGCUGUGUCACGUGAUGCAUGCAUACUAAUAUUGUUUCUCCCGGCAUUCUGAAUUUGUGGCUUUUGGCAUUUGAACGCAAGCUCGGUGCCAGUUAUCAUCAUCUCCUUCUGCAUGGGGUUCCUUUUCAGGGUGCUGUAUUAUUUGUGUAAUUCUUUUUUAAAUUUUCUCCUUUAGUCAAUAGCUGUCUAGAAGGCUCAUUUGUUUUGUAGGUUCCUGCUUUGUGUUUCACUUCUUUCUGUAGUUAAUGUAGCAAAGAACAGCUUGAAUGCUGCAGCCCGCAAGACAUUGUUAAUUCACCUUUGCAGUAAAUUCCAUGUAUCAAAUUUUGUUCA